AUGAACGAAAGAUACAACGAUCGGUCCUCCUCUCCAGCACGCAAGCUCUGGCCCUUCAACCGUUCUCGCUCCUCGAGUCCCAACACCCAGGGCCAGCCGCCCAAUCUCAGUCUCGACACCAGCUUCCAGAACACAAAUCGCUCGCGGGUAUCUUCCCACAACUCGGCGAACAACGCCAUCAGCCCAUCUGGCUCUGCUUCAAGCUUCGUCGUCAGGAGCGUCAUCCGUGCGCCUGGUGGUGUCUCGCUGCCCUCUUCUCCGGCACACGAACAGUCGCGCAACUCUUUCUCGAACGACUCGCGUCACCAGUCUGCUUCUCCUGCUUCGCGUAGGAUGACGCUGGAAGACUCGGACGACGAGCACGAAAGACACGAACAGCAGCAUCUGCAGUAUAGAAGAUCCAAGAGCAAGCCGCUCGGUGCUCCGGCUAGUCUCGGUGUACCUCCAGGUGGACCAGGCGGCGGAGUGGGAUAUGGCACCGCUCGCUCUUCGAACGACGGCAGACCUGAAUCUGCCGCUGCGCAUCAGCCAUCGCCUUUCUACAGGCCAGCCAGUCCGUCCGGCAGUAUCACGGCUGGUGACUUUCAGAGGGGUGCAGAGCGAGGAAGGGUCCCUCGCAAGUCAAACUCGGGCUACAGCAGCUCCACAAAUCACUCUGGCCACCCGUCUGACCAACAUCGGCCCGGAUCUGCACAGUCCGGACCAUCGCCGACUGCAAAGAAGCCAGUGGCUCGCAUCACCGCUGGGCCCAAGAGUUUGACGCAGCAGCAGCAAGAGGAUCUCGAUCAACAUCAUCGACAGGCUCACUUCCAACAACAGAACCGCAUGCAACAGCACCCUGCCUCGCGUGGUGCAAGUCCCGCCGCUGCUGCUGCUCGAAACAAUGGAAUGGCAGGUCCGCGUGGCUACCCGGGCGGUCCGCCUUCUCCCUCUGGCCACCAACCUCAUCCUCAGCAUCACCAACAACACCCUCAUGCACCUCGUGACCACCGUGCUGGUCCGCCAUCCAUGGAUCAGCGUGGCGACAUGAGCUUACCCUUGCUCCCUCCGCAGCACACCCCCGGACACGAAGGUCGAGACGAGUCACCGAGCCGCUCGCGUCGCUUCUCAUUUGGUCUCGGUGGUCGAUCUCGCAAGGACAGCGAGAAGGGCGCUGCGCCUUUGGACGGCCUGCCGUCCCCUGUCGACAUUCCUUUCGGACGCUCUUCCCACUCGCCUCUGCGUUUCGGAGACAGUGCAGAGACCGACUACUCUCGCGCCAACUCUCCCUUCGGCUCCGUGUCUCCUGCUCGUGCAGGCGCGAGCCCCAACUCUUCCGGAUUCCUCUCCAACUUGAUGCGCAAACAAGCUGCGGACGAAAGCGACAUGAGGCAGCCGCGCAAUCGCGACGAUGUACCGCGCAGCUGCUCUCCCGGCGGCGGAUCGAAUAUGGCAGGGAAAUGGUUCAAGGGUGUCUUUGGCCGUUCGCCUCGAGCUGACGAGAAGGAACCCAACUAUGCCUCUGAUCUGAGUCCUUUCCCUCUGACUGUAAGCCGGGAGAGAGAUGCAGAGGACGAAGCCGCCUAUGCGCAGAAGCUUGCUUCGAUGCGACAGGCGCGUCACAUUGUUGACGAGGAGCGUCAGAGGUACAUGAUGGGGCCAACGACUCCGACUGGCGCACGGGGCGCACCUGGAUCAGCACAGCGGUUCGAUCCACAGCAAGAUCGAGAGUUCAGACCGAGGCAGGUGGUCGACAGCGAUGUCGAGGGUAGUGGUAUGGGGGAGAGCGACGCCGACGUCAAUGCCGCUUUGGAGUUUGAGCUGGAACGCAAGAAGAGCCCGCCUGGUAGGAAGCCUGUUCCUGCGUACCUGCCCAGUGCAUCACCGAGCAGGGAUGUUACGCCUCCACAGGAUGAACCCUUGACGCCAGCUCAAAGGAUCAUUCAAGAGACGCGCUCCAAGCAGCUGGCACGCGAGCAGAUCGAGGCGCAGCGCAAAGAUGCUAUUGUCCAUCAAAAGCAGGUGUCUGGCGGGGAUCCGCGUCAGAUGGUGGCCGCUCAUGCUCAGAUCAACGGUCCGCCCACCCCGCCGAAGGGCAAGGCUGGUGAUGCGGGCCAUCAGCAGCGAUUCCCAAGCGGCGCGCAUCAGAUCACUCGGGAGCCUGCCAGAGGUGUGGCGCAAGCCCAACCUCAGACCCAAACCCAUGCAACGACGAACAACGCUGAUCCUGCAGCACAGCGGAACGCCGCCACGCUUGCACCCGGUGUCGGACCCAUGCCAGCCGACCUUUCUCUACCCGAUGCGCUGCAAGAAAUGAUGGUCCGAUUUUACCGAUUCGAGCGAUACUCUGUACCUCUCAUCCGCUCGCUCGAGACUCGCCUGCUUGACAUUGAACGAGACGCGAUGCUCGCCAACAACCCGCAAGCUCGCAACGGCACACGUGCAUCGAUCGCCUCGAACAACAGUGCAGAGAUGGACCGAUGGGUCAACCAGAUGACUGGGUUGAUGAAGCACGAGGUUGGACAGCUGAAAGCUGCGACUCGGGAGCUCAAGGAGUCGAGGGAGCUGGUGGCGACGGUCGCGAGGUAUGCUGGCGCAGCGAGUGGCGGGAUGGGGUUGAGCAUGAGUGUUUCGAGCUUUGGAAGCUUGGUUGCGAUUACUCCGUCGGCUUCGGCGCAGCCGGUGCAGCAGAAGGAGGUGGUGCAGGAAGGGGAGACGAAGACUUCCAGUUCGGCGGGCGAUAGUGCUGUGCCGAGGAACUUGAACUUGCCUGCGGGAGCGAAGCCGGCAUUGGGUAAGGAUGAGAGGAAGCAUGGCUCGCCGACGAAGGCGAACUUUGGAUUUGCGAGCGAGAGCGGCAAGGAGAUGGGGAAUGUGAGGGAUAGGUCGGUCAGUCCGAACGGUAGGCCGAGGUUUACGAGUGUGCUGGGCCAGCCGUUGGGUAAGGAACAGGGUGCAGAGGGGGAAGGAGGAUUCAAGCGGGAGAACUCGGUGGAGAACAGAUUGAAGGCUCUGGUGGAGGCUAAGGACGAUGCUAAGAAGCUGUCCCACUCGCAAGGAUCGGCGGCGGAAGGGAGACGGGUCGUCGAGGAGGCAGAAGCAACUGCGGAUGAAAGUGGAAGCAGCGACAUUGCUGCUGCGCUUGCCGCUAUCGACGCAUCGUCCUUUGCUGCCGCUGCGGCUUCCGAAUCUGCCGAAUCGCACCAAGAGGAUGGGCAGUCGCAACACCACGUGGCCAUCUCGAAAUCGUCGUCUCAUUCGAGCUCCAACUCGGGUUCCGGGUCGGUCGAGGAGCCUCUGACACCUACUGUCGAGGCGCCACCCAUCACCACCGUCGAGCCUGCCGCUGCAUUGCUGGACAGACGCAACCAGUCCGAUCAAGCAGCAUUUCAGUUCGAGCCUGACGGCAUCGCCUGCGACGACGACGACGACGGGUCGAAUUUCGCCGAACAAGCUGUUCUCGCACAAAUUCGCUUCAGCCACGGCAGGAGGUUCGAGUGGCUCCACUACCUCGACGGCGACAGCGACGGCGAUGGGAAGUCCGACUGCGAGCGCAAAGCUGGGCUUGGUAGAGAAGAAGAGGUUCACACUGCCUGCUCCCGCUCCAGCAUCGUUCGGUACGGGAGCUGUCACGACGGUUCCGGCGAGACAAGGCGGUAG